AUGGCAACUGUAUCACUGAUCCCGUCUCCGGUGUCAUUUCACCAGACGGCCAUGUCUUCUCGGUCUAGAGUGCCUCUGUCGAGCAACCCUAAUGCCGCUAACUCGCCCAUGAGGCCCAUGGCGGUCGCACAUCCCAAGCCCGUGAAACGCUCACAUGCCAGCAAUCAGCGGGAGGAGCUUUAUGGGCAGCCACCCCCAGCCAAGAAGCAGAUGAUAAGCAACCCAUCCACCUACCGUGUCACUGCUCGGUCGCCUGUUAAGGCCAGAACUACAACACAUACCAUCACCCAAAGCCGGGCUGUUGGUGGACACAGGGAUAGGGAUGCAGCCUCACAGCAACAUGUCAAGGCACAAUUGGCAGAUGAGGAUGUGCACGAUUUUAAGAAAUGGGCUGCAGCGCAGAAGCAGCAGUUUGUCAAGCAUGUCUUCUACCUCGACAACCUUCCUCAUGAGGUUUUACCCAAAAUCGAGAGGCAGAUUGCGGCUUUAGGUGCUAGAGAGGACAAGUUCUUCUCGAUCAGCAUUUCCCAUGUCGUUACCACCAGGCCUAUCCCUCAGCCGCAGACCUCCCAAAAGCCCAAGCCUGACCUGAGCGCGAAAACGGACCGCGACGAGCAAGAACCUCAGACCAUAAACCCGUCGCUUUUGAGCCGAAACCUUGACUCGAACUGCGCCAAGCGGAAAUUGUUUGACACGCAUCCGGCAGGGAGAAGGCCUCCCAUACAGCUGGGAGAGGAUGUCGUGCGGAGACCUAAGGCGCCUCGCCAGCAAAAUGAUAUUUUGGGGCGGGCCCUGACCAUGGGCAAGAAGAUUUGGUCGCUGGAAAAGAUGCAGCGCAUUCUCGAUAUGCUCACAGAAUCGGAUCCUUAUCGUGCUGCUACCAUAGGACAAGGUGGACGUACUACCAAGACGGUGGAGCAGAGCAACCCAUUGCAAAUGUUGAACAAGGAACGCGUCAGUGGCCCCUCGGAUCGCGACCCAACAGCAUCGACAAAGGAAAUGCAUAUAUUCAAGGGUCCGUUCAUAUAUAUCUAUGACAUUGAGCAGAAGCAGCGUCCAAUCAUGGCUCGCGAGUAUGCGAAGGUUGCCGACAAGAUGAAGGGAGAUUGGCCUCAGUUCCGAGCAUCAGGGAGUGGGCGUUGUCCUUUUGUUGAGGACUAUGAUCAAGAAAAACACUCGAAAAAGGAGCGUGAGGUUGCUCGACAAGCAGCUGUGAAUGCUGCCGUGGGCUCUGCCCCAAAGCUUCAGCCGCCCACACAGAUCUCCCGGCCGAAACCCAUUACUGGAAAAAGACCGUUGGCAGAAAUGAGCGAGGUCUCUACUAAUCGUAUUCUGUUUCCGUCCAAAACAACGAUUGGUGGGAAUGCUCUCAUGGAUUCUGCGCAAGGCACCAAGCUGUCCAAAGAGGAUGCUCUGUCGAACGCCUUCAUCAGCACGAACCGCUCGAGACCUGCACGGAUUUUUGCAGGGGAACCGGUUGCUUCCGGGCUCCAGGCUUCCAACAUAACAUCUGCCAUCCGAUCCCAGAUGAUAUCAUCGACUACGGGGACUAUUGCUGGCAACAAGUCGGGUGUGAGCAAGGAGGUUCUGGGCCUGCAGCGCAAGGUCCUGGCGAAGAGUGGAUCCGUCUCUCAGGAUCCCAGCUCUCGCCGUCACGCCGAAAUGAGUGUGGACAGCGGCCCUCUCAGUCGUUCGACCAGCUUAGGCAACCCUCGGCUCAUUUUCGAGGGUGAGGAGACUCAGCAUAGACGGACCCAUAGCGUGCCCUCCAAGCUCCAGCCAAAGCCUAAGAAGCGUGAUCCGAAACCUGGAUAUUGUGAGAACUGCCAGGACAAAUUUGCAGACUUUGAAGAGCAUAUCCAAUCACGCACUCACCGGAAAUUCGCCGAAAACGAUGAAAACUGGGAAGAUCUGGAUCGUCUCCUCGAACAGCUUGAGCGCCGGCCUCUUCCUCAUCAUCAUCUAUACAGCGAUGAGACAGUGGAGCAGAACGACGACCAGUACUGA